CUUAUCGGUAAAUUUGGUCAGUAGAUAAUUGAUCGCAUGAAAUGAAGACAAUACUGCCUUCGCCUCUGCGAAAAGCAUCGCUGAAACCGUAGUCUUGAAGAGUGGCUCAGACAGGCGAGAAGGAGUGCUUGCCAUUGCUAAAAUUGAAUAAAUUAUUAAGUUCUACCUAAGGUCACUUGCUGCAACCAUGUAUACUAACGACCACGGUCACUUGGUAACUUAUCCAUGUGUCAGGGCCAUUUUGAUGCUGUUCAACAUAGCGUUUUGGCUGUCCGGGCUGUCACUCAUAUGGAUAGGAAUGUGGAUGCAGACAGACUAUUUGAAGUAUCUACGGAUCAAUGCAUCGUACUCGGACAUAGCUCCACUGGUAAUGAUUGUAGCUGGUGCCAUCAUAUUAUUCGCCAGUUCGCUAGCGUGUUCCUGCAUCGUGAAGAUUCAUUCGUCCAUGCUGAUAUUUUACGGGGGAUUUUUGAUAACAGCCCUGUUUUCACUAAUUUCGUUGUCGAUCUACGUUCACACGUAUAAGGGAGAGCUGUUGGAUGGCGUUUCCAGUGGAAUUUCCAAGGAAAUACAAAGUUACAGCGGUUCAAAAAAUGCAACCGGAGCAGAACAUCUUUUAGAUUUCGUACAACAAAAUCUGCGAUGUUGUGGCAAUGAAAGCUUCUUGGAUUGGCCUGAUUCCUCUGUGCCUAAUUCCUGUUUUAAACAACGCCGGACAGACCCUACAAAGGUGGAAGUAAGUAGGGUAUUUGAAGUGGGAUGUUAUUACAAAUUGAGGAGUUCCAUCAAUGACAAUUUUACAACGAUCGGAGUAUCAACUUCGCUCAUAGCCCUAUUCCCUUUGUUUGGCUCAAUACUGUCCUUUGGGCUUUCGAUGAUGUAUCAGAAAGGUGGCUACGAGAUAAUUAUUUGAAAAAAUACUACAAAGCCGCAUUAGUCGCACGAUUUUUCCUUGCAACAAUUUUUUCAUAUGUUUCGAUUUGUGUUUGUAUAUAAGUUUGUAUAGACCUAAGCCUAACUUAAGCUGUUUUACCUUUAUUUGUGUUCAAAAGGUAUUAUUUUGAUCUACUUUAAAUAGAUCUCUAAGAAAGUAGCUGCUCAAAUGUAACAGUCUUUCAAUGUUCAUAUUAA